CCAAACCAAAAAAGAAAACAAACCACCUUUCAUUUCAAAUCUCUUGCAUUGUGUUGUGUACUUAACUCACUUCACGAGGACCUUGUUGCACUCCACACCACGCCCAUUCUCUCUCUCUCUAUUUUUCAUUGCAUGGUAUGUAUGAAACCCGUACCACUACUACUCCCGCCAUGUCAUCAAGGAGACCCCCACUCAAUAAGUGGCACCUUCCACCGCCUCCCACUCCCCGCAUCCUCCACUUCCCUCGUCGCCGGAGGCCUCACAACGGCAACAACGCCGACACCUUGCUUCAUGGAGAACGCCGUGCAUCUGCACCUCCCAUCGUCCUCUUUGCUAACGGUGGGGAGAGGAGAGAGAAAGUCGCCGAAAGAAGCAGCAGGGCGGUGGUUGAUGAAGAAAACUACUGCAAGUUUCAGGCGGAGAUGCUGAGGGCUGAGUGUAACCUUUUGCGGAUGGAGAAGGAGAUUGCAUUCAAGAAGCUCGAGAAGACUCGUUCCAAGAUCGACACCACUCUCAGAUCUGCACUUCGGACUCUUGUUUCUGGAAGAAUAAAGAUUUGUGAAGGGGAGAACAUUGAGAGUGUUUUGGACGAAGGGAUUCGUGAGUUGACGGAGAAGAUUCAGAGGCUGCAAAAGAGAUCAACAAAUUCAUCCCAGGCUACUAAUAAUAAUUAUAACAGGAGAACCAAAAAUUUCGACAAGCAAGUCUCGGUUUUGCAGAGAAGACUUGACAAGAUUGGAGGAUCCUCCAAUGACAUAUACUUGAGGGAGUUUCAAGAGAUGGCAAAUAUAAGCUUCUCGGUUAACACCAUUCAUGAAUCCGUUGUUGCAAGAGGAAAACUAAAUGUGGAGAUAUUGAAACGGAAAAUGGAGGGACUAUCAAAGGGGGUAUUGUUGAAGAGAAUGGAAGAAGAGUACAAUUCAAUGUUGUCAAGUGCUAAUAGUUCUGCUUCAACUUCAAAGAGAGUUGAACUUCAAGAUUCAUCAUCUUCUUCCAUCCGAGUACCUCAAUCGCAUCAGCAGGAAAAAUUGGGUUAUGAAGGAGGGAAAUUGUGUUCAGGAGAAUGCAAGAUGAUUGUUCGAAGAAUCGUGGAGCAGGUUAGAGCUGAAACAGAGCAAUGGUCCCAAAUGCAAGAGAUGCUUGCUCAGGUUAAAGAAGAGAUGGAGGAAUUGCAGGCUUCUCGCAACUUUUGGGAAGAUCGAGCCCAGUCCCUUCAAAAUGAUGUGCAAGAAUGGAAACAAAGGGCUAUUUCGUCUGAAAAUAAAACAAAAGAGCUUGAAGCGAAAAUUGCUAUGGUCUCUGGUGAUGUUGAAAGGCAUGAUGAGUUGGAGAAGAGAGUAGUGAUGGUUUGCAACUCAAAGGAAAAUAGUAAUAGCAACAAGCAUAAAGAAGUUUCAGGGAAUGGGGAAAGCAAGAAAGCACAACAUGCUGCCACCAUAGGUGGAGUCCUCGCCACGAAACGAACACCGUUCCGAGACAUUGGGAACUCAUCAUCAUUGUUGGUGAACCACAAUGCCAAGCGAUUUUCCCACUUCCAUAGCCAUAACCAUAGCCAUGUUGCUUCAAAUGCUGACAAGAUUUUCUACGAGUGACCCUCACUAACACAACAAAUAUAGAUAUCAUAUAACAACCUUUAACAUAAUGGGAUGGAUCAAGAUAAAGGUGAUUUGGUAUGUGUCAAUGUAAUAAUGUGUACUAAGUCAGCAGAAAAUGAAUGCCCAAGGUUGUUAUAUUCAUGGAUAGGUUACCAACCAAAUUCAUUAUCCAAAUGAAUAUGAAGAGUGUAAUGCGUUUGUUGGCCGGCUUCGUUCAUUAUUUACAGCAUGAUCA